GUAGAAAUGGAUAUGAUCACACCAAAAAAUUAUUGGGAAGAAAAUGUUAUUUUACCGAAAGCAAAAAAAUUCGCUUGUGGACAUAAUCCACCUACAUGUUAUUACUGUUGGAUAGGAUGGC